GAACGAGACAGGUAACCUCGUUUACUUCCUGUCAAACAGAAACCAAACGAAAAUCCAGCCAAACAGUUUAGAAUACAGCAACGGCACUCACUGCGUCUUGUCAGAACGGUUUUCGGGCUAGGAUUUAACUUUUGCAGGGAUAGAAACAUUGACUUUUGUCAAUUGAUUGUUGACUUAACUUAUCAUCAUCAACAGAAUAAACAAUAACAUUAUUACCGCCAACAAGUGGCUAUGGCACUGGGCGACUUCGAAUACAUUUGUACAGUAAAAGCCAAUGGCUAUAUCCCAGUAUCGAAAUAUAAAUCAAAAACCACAGGCCUGUCUGUGUUCAUGGCUGCUGUUGAUGGACCAAUUGUCAAUGGAUAUUUUUGUUUAGCCACUGAAGCACACGACGAUGAUGGACUACCACAUACACUGGAACAUCUUGUAUUUCUUGGAAGUGAAGAAUACCCUUACAAGGGUGUUCUUGAUAUGUUAGCUAAUCGGUGCCUUGCAUCAGGUACGAAUGCUUGGACAAACACAGACAACACUUGUUACACUGUUACAACAGCUGGCAGUGAAGGCUUUUGCAACCUGUUACCUAUCUUCCUUGAUCACAUACUUUAUCCAAUGCUGCCAAGAUCAGGUUACAUUACUGAAGUGCAUCACAUAAAUGGAAACGGUGAGGAUGCAGGUGUGGUGUACAGUGAGAUGCAGGCAAGAGAGAACACUGGUGAAAGUCUUGCCUAUUUAGCAAUGUUACGUUAUGUCUACCCUGAAGGCUGUGGUUACAGAUCAGAGACUGGAGGCAUCUUGAAGAACUUGAGAACAAGUACAACAUAUGACAAGGUUUGCAGUUAUCAUAAAGAAUUUUACCGACCUGAAAAUCUUUGCCUAAUCAUAACGGGUCAACUGAGUAAUGACGACCUAUUUCAUCAACUGCAGAAGUUUGAAGAAAAGAUCAUUAAAAAGAAUAAUAAAGUUCCAUUCACUCGACCAUGGCAGUCACCCAUAACUCCAUUGACUGGAUCACUUGUAAAAGCAAUUCUUUACCCUUCAGAUGAAGACACUCAUGGUUUAGUUCUCUCUGCAUGGAGAGGUCCACAGGCCAAACAACAACAAGAAGUCAUGGCAUUGAAGAUUCUUCUUGAGUAUCUGAAUGAUACACCUAUUGCACCUUUACAGCGUGACUUUGUUGAAACAAAAAAGCCUUACUGUAGCAUGGUGUCUCAUGAGCUUAUAGAAAAUUCAGUAACUGUUUUCUAUUUCCAUUUCCGAAGUGUUCCAAAAGAAAACCUUACAGAAAUAGUUCCACAACUAAACAAAACUCUAGAAAAGAUUUCUAGCGGAGAAGAGAAGAUUGAUAUGAAUAGAAUGCAUACUGUGAUCAAACGCAAAAUGUUGGACCUGUUGAACUGUGUUGAGACAGAACCACAUGACACUAUGGCUUUUAUUCUCAUGGGAGACUUUCUCUUUGGAAACAACAAAGAAGAUCUUGAAAUACGUACGAAUCCAUUGUCUUGUUAUGAAGAACUGGAUAAGAAACCUGAAAUGUUCUGGAUCAGUUUGCUUCAGACCUACUGUAUUCAGAAUCAUAAUAUUUCUAUAAUAGCUACACCGAGUAAAUCUAUGAUGAAACAAAUGAGUGAAGCUGAACAGAAACGGCUGGAUGAUCAGAAAUCACAAUUAGGAAAGAUGGGACUGGAUCAAAAAGAAAAGGAGUUGCUUGAGGCCAUUGAAUCAAAUGAGAUAAAACCUGAAGAUGAUAUACUUAGCAGUCUUCCUGUGCCUGAUGUUUCUUGCAUCCAGUUCCAUCCUUUGCGUCCUUACUGCAACUACCGAUCGAAAGACUGUGACAAGUCUGAUGUAUUCCCCAUUGAUGAUAUUCCUUUCAAGUUUCAACUUGAUGAUUUACAAACUAAUUUUGUGCAGAUAACUGCUGUGUUGGAUACUGUGAACAUUCCUAAAGAGUUGCGCUACUUUUUACCACUUUACUUAGAGAUUUUGUUUGAAAGUCCUAUCCUAAGAAAUGGAGAGUUGGUUUCUCAUAAGACCAUAGUAGCAGAACUGCAGUCUGACACCUUGGAAAAUCAUGCUAGUCUUGGUAUUGAUGGUUCCAAAUUCUUCUGUGGUAGCUUUUCCCAGGCUCUUAUGAUAUCACUAAAGGUUGAACGUGAGAAAUACCACAAAGGUGUGCAGUGGAUGAAGGAACUGCUUUAUAAAGUGCAAUUCACGAAAGACAGACUGAAAAUAGGGGCCACCAAGAUUGUGAAUGAUGUUCCUAUGUUGAAACGGCGUGGUCCAGCUGUAGUCAGAACUGUUCUUUAUAGUUUGUUGUACAAUAGAGACUCCAACAUAUCGGUUACUAGUAUGCUGCGACAGAGCAAGUUCCUCACUGAUGUGCUGGUCCAGCUAGACACCAAUCCUGAUGGUAUCAUUGAGAAAAUGGAGAAACUUCGUUCAGCUUUGACAAAGGGUGAUAAUUUGUGUAUCCAUAUGACUGCUAACCUGAAGUUGUUGAAACUUGAUGUGCCACUAGAGCAGCCAUGGAAAACAUUUGUACCUGACUCUAGUGAACAAUGUACUGACAAAUCAAGACCCUUCUUAAGGCGUACAUCAGAGUAUAUCCAGCCACUUGAGGGAAUUCCCAAUCCACAUGUGAUUAUUGGUAUCGGUUCAGAAGAAUCUGCUUACCUCUACCUUACCGUGCCUGUACAAAUAUCCUAUGACAACCCAGAUCUGGCAAUUCUUAUGGUUCUGCUACAGUAUCUCACUCUUUGCGAGGGCCCAAUGUGGAAGCAAAUUAGAGGCUUGGGUCUUUCCUACAGUUAUAAUAUGACAAUAAAUGAAGAGUCUGGUUUGUUGUGUCUGGUUCUCGGCCAAUCUGUUAACUUAAUAGAAUCUUUUAAAAUGGCACAGAAUAUAGUGAUGAGUUACAUACUUGGUGAAUCUCCCUAUAUUGAGUUAGAGUUGGAGAGUGCUCGCAGUAGUCUGAUCUUCGAAAUAAUUAAUCAAGAGAAGACUACUUUUGAUGCUUCCAUGGCUUCACUGAAGUCAUACCUGAAGAGAGUUGAUCACAACUACAACAGGGAAUUACUCGGAAAAGUUGCUCAAGUAUCUAUUGCAGAUUUGAAAAGAGUUGGUCCAAAAUAUAUUCCAAAUCUCUUUGAUCCUGCCAAGAACCGAUGUUCGGUGUGUUGUCACCCCUCAAAGGUUGAAGAAGUAUGCAAUGGAUUAAACCAGGUUAACUUGAAGUUGGAUGUAUUAUCAAGCAUGAAUGAGGACUUUUUGGUGAAUGUCUGCUAAAGCUUAACUAACAUUGUUAAGUGAUGCUUCUACUUUACACAGAAACCAGCAACAAUUUGUUAGACACUGUUCUGUUGUUGCUAACUUCAAAAUUUUCAAAUACCAUUCUUCUGUUGAUGAUUUAAGGGUGUAAUAAAGAACAUCAGAUAAA